AUGGUGGCGGGCAUUCCGGCCAAGAAAUACGAGAAGUACGUAGAGAUUUGGGCGAUGGACGGCAGUGUUCCGUCGACCGUCCAACAUGUUAUUGUGGGGACGAUGGGGACGGCCUGCUGGAUUUCUGCAGGAGUCGAGAAGUCGCGCGAGCAGGCGGCUAAGGACCAGAUGAAGAUGCGAGAGCAUGCCAUCAAGCUGGCGACGCUGCAGUCGCAGCCGGCAGGUGUGACAGCGGCGCCAGGUGGCUCAGCGGCCGUUUCUAAUGCGUCCGGAGGCCAACAUGGUGGUGAGGGCCGCGUGAUCAAGCUCACCAAGCUUAUGCGGCCAAGCCCACAGUGGCGGAGUUCCCGCCCAUGGAUGACGAACACCUGGAGAGGGCACCGCAUCAAGGGCGACGUGCCGCGCCUUGUGGAGGACGUCGCACGCGAACAGCUCAUGGGCCUUCGGUCGCUUUUCUCCAACCUAGGGUUUGAGGUGUGGAGUCGGGUUUUGGGUUUAGGUUUUACGGUGUCAGGUUAUGGUUUUGAAUUCAGCGAUUAG